AGCAGCGGACUUGGGCUGAGGUUCCCGGGCGGGCGGGCGCGGAGAGACGCGGGAAGCAGGGGCUGGGCGGGGGUCGCGGCGCCGCAGCUAGCGCAGCCAACCCGAGGGGCCGCCGCCGCCGCCGCCCAGCGCGCUCCGGGGCCGCGGGCCGCCUCCAGCACCCGCCGCGCCGCAGCUCCGGGACCGGCCCCGGCCGCCGCCGCCGCCGCCGCGAUGGGCAACGCCGCCGCGGCCAAGAAGGGCAGCGAGCAGGAGAGCGUGAAAGAGUUCUUAGCCAAAGCCAAAGAAGAUUUUCUUAAAAAAUGGGAAAAUCCUGCUCAGAAUACAGCCCAUUUGGAUCAGUUUGAACGAAUCAAGACCCUAGGCACGGGCUCCUUUGGGCGGGUGAUGCUGGUGAAGCACAAGGAGACUGGGAACCACUUUGCCAUGAAGAUCCUCGACAAACAGAAGGUGGUAAAGCUGAAACAGAUUGAGCACACCCUGAACGAAAAGCGCAUCCUGCAAGCGGUCAACUUUCCGUUCCUUGUCAAACUCGAGUUCUCCUUCAAGGACAACUCAAAUUUAUACAUGAUCAUGGAGUACGUGCCUGGUGGGGAGAUGUUCUCACACCUGCGGCGGAUCGGGAGGUUCAGUGAGCCCCAUGCCCGCUUCUACGCAGCCCAGAUUGUCCUGACCUUCGAGUACCUGCACUCGCUCGAUCUCAUCUACCGGGACCUGAAGCCGGAGAACCUCCUCAUCGACCAGCAGGGCUACAUUCAGGUGACAGACUUCGGUUUCGCCAAGCGUGUGAAAGGCCGCACCUGGACCUUGUGCGGCACCCCCGAGUACCUGGCCCCCGAGAUCAUCCUAAGUAAAGGCUACAACAAAGCUGUGGACUGGUGGGCCCUGGGGGUUCUCAUCUAUGAGAUGGCCGCUGGCUACCCGCCCUUCUUCGCUGACCAGCCCAUCCAGAUCUAUGAGAAGAUUGUCUCUGGGAAGGUGCGGUUCCCGUCCCACUUCAGCUCCGACCUGAAGGAUCUGCUGCGGAACCUCCUGCAGGUGGACCUCACCAAACGCUUUGGGAACCUCAAGAACGGGGUCAAUGAUAUCAAGAACCACAAGUGGUUUGCCACGACUGACUGGAUCGCCAUCUACCAGAGGAAGGUGGAAGCUCCCUUCAUACCAAAGUUUAAAGGCCCUGGGGACACGAGUAACUUUGAUGACUAUGAGGAGGAAGAGAUCCGGGUCUCCAUCAAUGAGAAGUGUGGCAAGGAGUUUUCUGAGUUUUAGGGGUGUGCCUGUGCCCCCAUGGGUUUUCUUUCUUUGUUUCUUUUUUUUUUUUUUUUUUGUGGUGGGUGGGAGGGU